ACACGGUCUUUGUCCUUAUUUUGCUGGCAAAUAGGCUUCAAGUCAACUCUUACACAUGGAAGAAUUGCUCCAUCUUGGCUUCAUUUCUUUAAAUUCUCUAACCUAAUUUCAUAUUUUGUGCAAUAGAUACACCAUGGGUGCUGUUCCUUAUACACCAAUCCCUGCAAACCAAACCGGUAGUUCUGGGGAGAGUUUGGAUUGCAGUGUGAAGCCUCCUGAGGUACCAUUAUAUACAACCCCAAAUUCUACCAUUUCCACUGUGUUACCCUACAAUGGCGUACACCCUUCUCCGGCAGCUUCUUAUCAGCCGGCCGCCGCCGCCGCCACCUACCCUGCGCCGGCUGCUGCCACGGCCUUUCCUCCUCUUGGCAGUCCUGCAGUCCCAAGUUCUUAUCCUCCCAAUCCUAAUUCUAAUCCUAAUCCACCAAGUCAAACGCCAUUUCUUUUCUUUUCAAGUUUAGCAGCUCCGGUUCCAUAUCCUCCUCCGGCGGCGGCGGCGGCUUCGUCUGCUUCGGUUCCUUGCCCCACCUACUCUUCUAACUCCGAGCCAUAUGUGCCUGCCCCUUAUCCCCCGCAAACUCACUCAUCUUGUUAUCCUCCCUACCCGUAUGCCCCACCUGGCGCCGCCUACCCGCCACCACCCGCCGCCGCCCCUGCCGGUGGUUAUCCUCCACAACCUCCUCCUCACGCCCCCGGUGUCUAUCCCCCAGUUUGGUUGAGUGGAAGUCCAUGGCCGCCGCCCCAGACGACAAACGAACAUUACCAAAACCCUCCUCCAUCCUUGGGUGUGUAUCCACCGCCGCCAGCUGCCGGUGCUUAUCCGCCUCCCCACUACUAAGCCCCGAUUUUGAACCCAAAUAAAUCUGCGUGCCAAAGCAUACAAAUAAACUGAUUGUGAUAAACUGAGCAUUAGAUUUGUGAUUAUUUCUUUUCUUUUUGUAUCAAAAACAUCUUUGACCAUAUUUGGUCCAAGAAUUUGGAAUCCUUGUACAAAGUGAAUGAAGUAAAACUCUCUCCAUUCAAGAUUCAAUAGUAACUAUAUUCUUGAUUGAUCAAAAUGGAUUAAAUCA